AUGGCACUUGCCCGUCUGCCUUUUACACUUUCGUUGGCUUGGGCGGCGUAUACGUCCGCUACUCCGCCGAACCCACCGCCCCGCCCUGCAGAGCUUCGAGUGGAAUUGGAUUAUAGUCUUAAAGAAGUGAAUUUAAGAGCUGCAUUAGCUAGGGCGUCGCUCGUCCUGCCGGCGUUAAUAGAAAUCAUAAUCGUCCUUUCCGACUUAUCCUCCAUCAGUCCUCAGCCUCAGCGUUCAAACCACCUCCAAGUCCCAGAACCACUAACAAACCCACACACCGCCUCCUCGCACAUAUACCUCACCCCCUCCUUCCUCGCAUUCUGGACAAUAGCAAUGACAGGCGCACACCUCCGUAAACGGUGCUUCACCACCAUGGGCGCGAUGUUCACCUUUGAGCUCGCGGUGCGCCGGGACCAUAAGCUCAUCACGCGCGGGCCGUAUGCGGUUGUCAGGCAUCCGGCGUAUACGACGGCGGUUGUGGUUAUGGGUGCGGGCGCGCUUUGUUGGUCUGGUCCGGGUGCAUGGCCGUUUGCCUAUGCGUUUGAUUUUGAGCGUGUGAGCGGAGAUGGUAGCGGGACUGGUACAGCCGCCGCCGCGGCGCUGUUGGCGUGGAUCGCGCUGGCGGCGUGUUGGGUGCCGACUGUAUGGAAUGCGGUUGCGUUGCCUGGAAGAGCGCGGGUGGAGGAUAAAUUGUUGCACGAGAAGUUCGGGAAGGAGUGGGAGGUUUGGGCGGAGAGAGUGCCUUGUCGGUUUAUCCCUGGGAUUUAUUAA